AUGAAGAUUACGGCGCUCCUGGUGCUGAAGCCGUCGACCUCCGGAGCCGGGAGCUCCUCGUCCGGCGGCGAGUCGGGCCCGGAGGCGGUGGUGCUCGCGAACGCGACGGACGUCAGCCACUUCGGCUACUUCCAGCGCCGCGCCGCCCGCGAGUUCAUCGUCUUCGUUGCCCGCACCGUCGCUCAGCGCACCCAGCCUGGCCAGCGGCAGUCCGUCCAGCACGAAGAAUACAAGGUCCACUCCCACAACAGAAAUGGGCUUUGUGCGGUGGCAUUCAUGGAUGAUCACUAUCCUGUACGAAGUGCAUUUUCUCUCCUGAAUAUGGUUCUUGAUGAGUACCAGAAGGCUUUUGGGGACUCCUGGAAAUCUGCUACUGCAGAUGGAACUCAAGAGUGGGCUUUCCUGACAGAUGCCUUGACAAAAUUUCAGGACCCUGCAGAAGCUGACAAAUUAAUGAAAAUCCAGAGGGACUUGGAUGAAACAAAAAUUAUCCUUCAUAAAACUAUUGAGAGUGUCCUUGCCAGAGGAGAGAGAUUGGAUAGCUUGGUUGAGAAAAGCUCUGAUCUAAGUGCUGCUUCACAGAUGUUCUACAAGCAGGCAAAGAAGACAAACUCAUGCUGCACAAUUCUUUAA